ACAUUUAGGUAUGUUGCCUUGUUAAAGCGAAUCGAACCAAGAAGAAAAUGCAACAUUGUAACAAAUUAAGUCCAUGUUUCCGAUCAAAGUAGGCUAUGUACAAACGUCUUUAAAAAGAAUCUGAAUAAGCCUUGGCUAGUUGUUUUUGCGCACAUAUACGAAAGGAUACGGCAGUACACACUAAACACUGCACACGUGUUCUAGCGUCCACACCCGAAGUGCGUGCUGGAGAUCACGAACUUCAGCCGAACUUUGACGACUCUUAACAGACUGAACACUUCAACUGUCACAAUAGUUCACUGCCGUUUUGUUUUCGGCCGAAGAAGAACUAGUUCUUGUAAUAUCAUUGAUGACGAUUCAGAGUCUUCGUGACGUUCGUGCUUUAAUUACUAGAUUGCUAUUUCAUCGUGAGCAACGAACAGCGUAGAACAAUGAUUUUAGAGAGAAUACCUCCAAGAAUAUGCUCUUUAUUAAUGCACAGGGCCGUGCUCAGACAGGCCCACUCAUCGGUUCCGCCGCAGCCGGUGCCACCGCUCGGCCAGACGCUGCAGCGUUACCUAAGGGCUCUGGAGCCGCUCUUACCGGCAGAUGAGCUCGAACACACCCGCAGGAUCGUGCAGAAGUUUGGCUGCUCUGGAGGUCUAGGCGAAAAACUGCAGAGGGAGCUGAUCAAACGAGCAAAGCAUUCACACAACUGGAUCUCUGAUUGGUGGGUGCAGUGGGCAUACCUGGAGUGCAGGCAGCCUUUGGCAGUGCAUUCAAAUCCAGCCAUCUCUCUGCCUAAACGUGACUUCACAGACUGGAGAGGUCAACUAGUGUUUGCAUCAAAGUUAAUUGCAGGAGUGUUGGACUUCAAAGCUAAGGUGGACAGUGGGAAGCUAGCGGUAGAGUAUAUGCGUGGACAGCCACUAUGUAUGGAAUUGUUUCCUCAGUUGUUCUCCUCCUGUCGAAUCCCAGGACCCAAACAUGACCACGUGGUUCACUACGGACGUCCACGGCGUGGCCCAGCUCACAUUACUGUGGUCAGGAACUACCAGUUUUUUCAGUUGGAUGUUUACAACAGUGAUGGAACACCAUUGACAGAAAGUCAGAUCCAUGCUCAGCUGUUGCGGAUCCGCUCUCAGUCGUGGAAAACUGAUAAGGAACCAAUGGGAAUUUUGACCAGCGAGCAUCGUCACACAUGGGGUCAGGCUUACACUCGCUUGCUCAAAGAUAAAAUCAAUAAAGAGUCUGUGAGGCUGAUCGAGAAAUCAAUCUUUACAUUGUGUUUGGACUCUCCAGUUAUGAGGAUUUCUGAUGAGAAGUAUUCUAGUCGAAUGGCAGCACAGAUUUUGCAUGGCGGUGGGACUUAUUCAAACAGUGGCAAUCGCUGGUUUGACAAGACACUACAGUUUGUUGUGGGUGAGGAUGGGUCAUGGGGUCUCUUGUACGAACAUGCAACAGCCGAGGGUCCGCCUAUAGCCACAUUGUUGGACCAUGUGCUAGAAUACUGUAAGAAACCGGACAGAGUGCGAGCUCCGUUGAUUCCACUGCCCAUGCCCAAGAAACUGUACUUCUACAUCAAUUCUGAGAUCAAAUGGGAUCUAGAGAUGGCCAAGCAGAAUCUGGAUAUUCUCAUCAACGAUUUGGACAUCAAAUGUUUUAACUUCCAGCGCUUUGGAAAAGAGUUUGCCAAACAUCUCAAGCUGAGUCCAAACUCAUUCAUCCAGGUGGCGAUUCAGCUGGCCUACUACCGAGUUCACAAUGAAGUGUGUGCGGCCUGUGACAUCGCCUCUCUGAGGAUGUUCAGGGGAGGACGAACAGAUUACAUCCGUUCUCCGACCAAUCAGAUGCUGAGCUUUAUACAGGCCUUUGAUGAUGAUGCAGUUUCUAGAGAAGCCAAGGUGCAGCUGCUGAGAGAGGCUGUUGAUGCAUACAGCAUCCUCACAGAGCAGUCGCUGAUGGGGCAGGGUAUAGACCGCCACCUGUUGGGUCUUAAACUUCAAGCCAUUGAGGAGGGAUUGAGCGUGCCCAGAAUUUUCAUGGACACGGCCUAUGGACUUGCGACUCACUGGAAACUCCGAACAGGACAGGUACCCACCAUUACAGACAGUGUGAUGUGUUUUGGACCACUGGUUCCAGAUGGCUAUGCAGUGUGUUACAAUCCACAACAAGAUCAUGUCCACUUCUCCAUAACUGCUUUCAACUGCUGCGAGGAAACUAACGCAGAGAAACUGGCUCUCACACUGGAACGAUCGCUCUGUGAUCUCCAGGAGUUAUUUCAGCCCUCUGUAUAGCACAGUCUAGACAUCCAGAGACAAAAAGUCAGUUUUAAAACUCUGGUCCAGCAUUGCGGCAGCUUCAGGAACAUGCGAUGAAGGCGAUGUACUCCUGAAAGUGCCAAGCUUUGUUAAAUGACUGGUCUUUGAGCAAGUGCAAGUGGUCUUGAUGGAAGUUUGCAUGAAGUAUAUUGCAUUUGAGCACUGGGAUGCAGGUGUAUGUGUAUGAUGGACCAUUUGCUAAUAAGAAAUGCAUGAUUGCCAUUAUUGGAAUUAUAAGAACAGCCAUAAAAGCUUCAGCCAGUAACCUAAUGCUAUGGACUUGGGUCCCUCUGCAGCUUUGUCAAAGAUCAUGGAGUUUAAAAUAAAAUCUGAUUUCAUGCUACAUACCAGCAGUUGUAUUUGAUAAACAUUUCUUGCUUGUAAAAUGUGUGCUUUGUCAGCAGUUGACCAAAUAUUUAAAAGUAACACAAUUAGAUUUGUGUGAAAUCAUUGACUGUUACAAAAGCUGUGUUAUCAGUACUGUUAAAGCUUAUAGAAGAUGUUACUCAUUAUGUCCUUAAUAAAACAUGUUUGUUAACUGGUAAUAAAUUGAGUACAUUGGUAA